AUGAAUUCUCACAAUAUUAAAAUAUUUGCAGUCAUGAUGCUCAUUGUAAUUGUCAUACCAUACAUGGAUGCCGUGCCUUGCAUGCAUUCCAGGCCAGUCAAUAACCCGCCACUGUCAUUAACAGGUACGUACGUAAAAAACCGAUGGACAUUUUUUUAAUGGUUUAUAAAAAAAAAAAUAAUAUAAAAAUUAAUAUUUUUAGCAACAUGUGUAUUAGCGGUAACCUAUGAUUUCACGCCUGUUAUAACAUUUUUAAUAUUUAUACUUAAGUAUUUUUAUAAUGGUACCUUAAAUUAGGGCAAAUUUUGGAUGGUUUUUUUUUUUAAAUACAGUAGGUAGAAAUUUAAAAUUUAAGUGAUACUUUUUUAACAAAUACGAAUUUUGUAAGUACUAAUUUCAUAAAAAUCUCGCACAAUUAUAGUUAAAGAUGUUAUUUUUCUUUUUCUUUUAAAUAGAGUUCACUUAUCUGUAAACAAUUAUCAUACCUAACAAAUAAAAGUUAAUAACAGAUUUAUUUCUUUUUUAGUACCAUAGCAAAAUUAAAUUUUCAUAUAGGUACCAUUCAUUUCAUUGGUAGUAUAUAGCCAGUGUUGUAAAACACGAUUUAAAUUUAUUUGCUUUGAUUUUCUCCCGUGAGAUGCUACCAUAAGUGUACGUCACUGUACUUAUAAAAACCAUAACUAUAUUCAAAUUAAAUAUUGUUUUCUCUUAAUCUCAUAUGUGGGCUAUAUGUAGUGACAUAUCCAUAAACGGUAUCAGCUAUUUUUCUUUUAUAUAUGUAAAUAAAAUAUUUACUGUUAUAGUUUCGAUGUUAACGAUUUCAUUAUUUGAAAAUCUUUUCAUUUUUGUUGUUUAUCUGAUGUUGUUCCAAAUAUUAAGACUAUUAGCAUAAUGAUCAUAUUUUCUCAAAGAUAAUUUCGUUUAGUUGAGGUAAAAGAAAGGCAUUUUUUUAAAUAUCUGAGUAGUUUUCUUAGUAAUCUUGAAAACCAUAGAAAAAACGGGAACGUUUACACGGAAUAAUCAGUUUUAUAAUUUUUGAUUUUGUAAUUUUAAUGUAAUUUAGCUAAAAAACCAAAAAAUAGUAAACUGUUUAAUAAAAAAAUUGCUAAAAACAUUUUGCAACUCGCUUCUAGUCGAAGAGUAAUAAAACCAUUUCUUAGUUUUAUUUUCAUCUUAGUUAAUUUUGGCUAUGAAAUUUCAUAAUAAAAUCUAUUUCGAUAUUUUUUGCGUCUCCCUAUCCACUAACAUAAUAAUGUUCACCUAAGAGGUUAAAACGCACAGGCACCAUAAGUGUCAAGUAACACGGUAAUUCGAUCGCAUACAUACAACAUAAUUAUAGCUGGGUUUACUUUUAUUUAUAUACAUUUUGAAAGUGGAAUAGGUUUCAGAUUACAAGUAAUUUAUGUCAUAAAUUAGAAAAUAUAAUUGGUUAUUCACUACAAAAAUAUUUUUUAUACCGUGAAUAAAAAAUACAAUACAGUAGUAAUAUACAGUAAAAUACUUUUAUUUGAAUUCUUACAACACUGUAUUUAUAUUAUUAAUAACAUUUAAACUGUUUUUGUUAUUCCCCAUAGUUUCUAGAAAUUAAUUUGUGUUUUUUUUAUAAAUUAGAUGGAGCUGAAAGAAACAAUGACGGAAAACCACUUACAAACACAUCCUCAAUGGGCACGGAAGUACGUAAGCAGAAUGACAGUAAUGUUGGGAAAGAUAAUAAAUAUGGCAUAAGUAGUAUGGAUGAAAUAGACAGAACCAAUUUCGACGAUUUUGGUGGAAAACACUAA